GCACUUCCCUUCACCGGCACUUUCUUCCAGUAUUUCUUGGCUGCUCUUUCCACUUUCAGAAGUAUAAGAAAUGGAAUUCUGUCCCUUCCAGCUCAGUCCCAACCGCACAUUUCUUCCAAGUCCCGUCCAUUCAGACAAACUCGCCCAAAGGACUCGGCAACCGCGUCAACUUCGACACACAUCCCUAGCCCGCAUCCUCAAUCUCUUGGGAAGAUUUCAAAAUGUUUACCUCAGUCCUAAAGUCCCUUGUCGUCAGCGGUACCCUCGUUGUCAGCCUUCUAAACCCGACCGCUUUCGUCCUGGCCGCUCCCAGCCCGGCUAUCGCUGAUCCCAUUAGCACCAGCCCCAAUGUCCCUCUCAGCCCGGAAGACGCUUUAGCUGCAUACACCCGCUACGGUCCGUUGAACAACCGUGAGGACGAGGGCUUGGCCUUGAACGUGAGGAAGGACCCACCCAAAUGGACGGGCGGUAACAACGAGGUUAUUCACUUCUUCAACUGCCAGAAGAGACCCAACUGGGGUCAUGGAACCGAUUCCUUGGUUGUGAUCUGCGAAGACGACAAAAACUGCCACGACCUCAACUACCUCCCCCCGGACGACUCUCUUUGCCUGAUGGACCGCUUCGACGACGACGGCAUCUUCCAUGUCUGGGAGGGCUCGGUGCAGGGAUGCCUGUUCAUCAACUACAACAACAUGUUGAGCUGGAACAUCACCAAGGAUGCGCAGAAGCAGGCGGACUUUACCACUGUUGGUUUUUUGACCUCUGAUACCUUCGUCUACCAGGGUUUCAAGGAUAGUAAGCCCAAAGGUUUGGCUAUUCCCUUUCGUGACUGCCAGAGUAUUUAUUACUUCACGCUUCGGAAGGAUCUGCAGCUUGUUCAUGGCAACUGA